CCUGAUGCUCAAGCUAGCAAGAGGGGGGAGCGGGCUGGCGGGGGCUGCGGCAGAUAGGCGCUGGAGCCAGCGCGGCGUCAAGUGCAGCUCGGACCCACGGACCCGGCCCAUUAACAUUUCACUCAUGAGGAAAUUGAACCAAAAGGAGCUUAAGCGUCUUGCCCUGUAUCCUGCAGCAAAUAAGUAGCAGUGUCCGAUUUUGCACCCCAGUCCGUUGUUCUGUUGAUGCCAGGUUUUUGCCCUGCUGCGCUGCCUGGAGAGCAUUUUAUUUUCUUCCAGCUGCAACCAGUUGUCUUCAGCAUGGGGGAGCAGAACCACUCUGCAGGGAAAGAGCUUCAGCACAGGACAGAGGCUCCAGCAAAGAAAAACUGGCACCCCCAAGCCUACACUCUUGGGGCCAUUUCCAACUUUAUGUCUACUUUUCUGACCUUUCCUAUCUAUAAGGUGGUAUUCCGGCAGCAGAUCCAUGCUAUGGCAGUGUCAGAGGCUGUGAGACAGCUUUGGCAUGAAGGUCCUCAGUACUUCUACAGGGGAAUCUACCCUCCUCUUCUCUCCAAGACAUUGCAAGGGACUCUGCUAUUCGGGACUUAUGAUAGCCUGCUGUGCUCUCUUUCCCCUGAUGGGCCACAUUCCCUGGGACACCGAUGGACUGCAGGGCUCAUGUCUGGGGUGGUGGAGGCUGUGGCACUCAGCCCCUUUGAAAGAGUUCAAAAUGUCCUCCAGGAUGGUCGCAAGCAAGCUCGUUUCCCCAGCACCUUCAGCAUUCUUAAGGAAUUCAACUCUUAUGGGCUGUGGGGGCGGCUGUCACUGGGCUAUUAUCGGGGUUUCUGGCCUGUUCUUGUCAGGAAUAGCCUGGGGAGUGCUCUCUAUUUCUCUUUCAAGGACCCCAUCCAGGAUGGCUUGGCAGAGCAAGGCCUGCCCCAUUGGGUUCCUGCACUGGUGUCUGGUAGUGUCAAUGGAACAAUCACCUGUUUAGUUCUGUAUCCUCUGAUUGUGCUGGUUGCCAAUAUGCAGUCCCAUAUUGGCUGGCAGAGAAUGCCAAGCCUGUGGGCUUCUGCCCAGGAUGUGUGGGACACUCGGGGUCGAAAGGUAUUCCUGAUCUACCGAGGAGGUUCCCUGGUUAUCCUAAGGUCCAGCGUGACGUGGGGCCUCACUACUGCUAUUCACGACUUCCUGCAGAGGAAGUCUCACUCCAGGAAAGAGCUGAAAGACUGACUAGCUGCAGGAAGUGUGGCCAUGGCAUCUUUGUUUUUCUCAAUCUUCCAUGGUUGCUCCUAUCUAACUUACUUCUUUGGCUUGGUUGCCUAAUGCAGCCAUUUUUUAGCAUCUGUCAUUGCAGGAGUUCCCAACUACUAGCCUGUUGGGAACAGACAAAGCCCAACAGGAACUUUUGGUCAGAAAGGGAAAGUCCCUCCAGUCUAUCCACAGCUUCAGUAGCCUCAGAGCCAGGAGGCCUUUAAAUAACUUGUAACCUAGAUUAAAUGUCAUUCUAUUACGGGAUUCCUUAAUAAGAAGACAGUUCAGCAGAUGAAUUGAUUCAGGCUUUCUGAGUUCUGGGACCACUCCAGGUGUCCUCCAGACCAAAUUGAGAUCUCCAAUUUCAAAGAACUAUUCUUGACAUUGAAGAUGGAGAUUCCAUGAACCUUCUCAGAUUGUCACAUUCACUGCCUCUACCCCAAUCACUAACCCUUCUUCAGGCUAUAGGGCCUAGUUUCAGGGUAGCAGCUGUGGCUGGAAAUCUUAAAUUUGGUUCGCUUCAUCUCAUCAGGUGCCACAAGAUCUGGUAGGGCUAAAAAUGGAAAUGUGAAGAAAUUUGGUUCCUGAUGGAAAUAAUAUAGAUUUUGAAAGAUGAGAUUUAAUUACAUGCAAA